CCAGCCUCACCCCGCCUCCCGCGUCCCCGGCGCUAGCCUCGGCCGGCGGAGCCCCACUAUGCCAGACAGUUUCGACACUUUGCAAAGACAAAGAGCCCUCAACCGGAGGGAGGCGAGAGAGGAGGAAGAGGAGAGAGGGGAGCCAGAGGCGAGGUGAGCCGCGCGUGGGAUUCCGCUUCCCUCGGCUGGAAAUGCCAGGGACAGGCCAUCAGUAGGUCCGAGCUCUUUGCUGAGCAAAGGGACCAUUCCACCUGUGACUGGGAAUGGACAGCCUCUCAGCCUUCUGAGAUGGAGAGACUGAGGCUCAGAGGUUAAAGAGCGCCACUAAGCUCACAUGGCGGGGCCUGAGAAGGGAUGGAGAGAGCUUGCUUUUCCAUUGCGCUUUCCCCCAGGGUUUUUAGAAGCAUUAAACAUUACCAGGUCAGCAGCUCUGGCAGACCAUGGUCCUCAUCAAGACAGCCGCUUAACUGCCACCUCCCUGGCGACAGCAUGGAAGAGUCAAGCAUCUAAUUAAGGAUCAUCGCACACCACACUUUCCGGAGGAGUGGGUGUUACCGAGGUGUCCCUGCAUAUCCCAAGACCUUCCUGCCACGUCCUCAGCCCUGAAGGUCCCCAGACUGAAUGGGACAGGAAAUCACUGUUAUUAUGUUUAAUGAGAACUUUGACUAGAGGCGUCAUUGGCCCUUUCAGGAUUGCAGAAGAGGCAGGCUACCUUAUAUCCCAAAGAGCAAAUCCAUCACACCACGGAUGGCCUUUGUGUGCCACACAGGGACAUCCAGAACACAGGGCCGGCCGCUUCUCCCUGGGAACGAAGUUGGCCUAAGCUGCCCUUGAGGCCUUCCUGGGGAUCCACCGUCCCCUCCAACUGAGCCUGCUCAUCUAAGAUUUCCUUUGUGUCUCUACUCAGUGAAGUAGGGCCCCCUCCCACCACCCCUCAGCAGGAAGCAAAGAUGAUGACCACACAGAAGAAGACCCUCAAAGUGCUCACCUUCCUGGUGCUCCUCAUCUUCCUCACCUCCUUUUUCCUGAACUACUCGCACACUGCGGUGCCCGCAGCCUGGUUCCCCAAGCAGAUGGUCCUCGAGCUGUCACAGAACCUCAGGAAGCUGAUCAAGUCCCGGCCCUGCACCUGCACACACUGCAUCAGCCAGCUCAAGGUCUCAGCUUGGUUUGACAAGCGCUUCAACCAGACCAUGCAACCGCUGCUCACGGCCCACAAUGCAGUCCUGGAGGAGGACACGUACCAGUGGUGGCUGAGGCUGCAGCGGGAGAAGAAACCCAGUAACCUAAGCAAUGCCAUCAAGGAGCUGUUCAGCGUGGUGCCGGGGAACGUGGACCCCAUGCUGGAGAAGAGCUCGGUGGGUUGCCGUCGCUGUGCAGUCGUGGGCAACUCAGGCAAUCUGCGGGAGUCCUUGUAUGGGCCUGAGAUAGACAGCCAUGACUUUGUGCUCAGGAUGAACAGGGCACCCACAGUGGGGUUUGAAGCUGACGUAGGAAGCAAGACCACGCAUCAUCUGGUGUAUCCUGAGAGCUUCCGGGAGCUGGGGGAGAAUGUGAACAUGGUCCUGGUCCCCUUCAAGACCAUCGACUUGCAGUGGGUUGUCAGCGCCACCACCACUGGUACCAUCUCCCACACCUAUGUCCCGGUCCCCACGAAGAUCAAAGUGAAACAGGAUAAGAUCCUGAUCUACCACCCAGCCUUCAUCAAGUAUGUCUUCGACAACUGGCUGCAGGGCCACGGGCGGUAUCCGUCCACUGGCAUCCUCUCGGUCAUCUUCUCCAUGCAUGUCUGUGAUGAGGUGGACUUGUAUGGCUUUGGGGCAGACAGCAAGGGGAACUGGCACCACUACUGGGAGAACAACCCUUCUGCGGGGGCUUUCCGAAAGACAGGAGUGCAUGAUGGUGACUUUGAGUCCAAUGUGACGGCCACCCUGGCAGCCAUCAACAAAAUCCGGAUCUUCAAGGGGAGAUGAUGCUCCGCAAGGUCAAGGAUGGACUCAUCACCUCACGCCUGUCGGUUUCAGCCCCGGCAUCUCACCAGAGCUGUUCCCCUCUGGGAGCUUCCAGAGCCAGCCCCGGGGGUGCCCAGGUGCUGCUCAUAGCCUCCUGCACUCCCGCCUUAGGCAGCAUUGACUCAGCAAAGUCACCCCACUCUGCCAGGGCUGCACGGCAAGUCCUAGGACCUGUCUCGGGCUGCAGAGCUCGCCACACUGCUGUCUCAGUGCUGGAGUAGCGGGGAGAUGCUGGGAGAGGUAAUUAUUUUGGCUUCUAGUGGAGGGCAAUAUUAAAAGCUCCUGGAUUCUAUGAAGACAGACGAGUUCCCAGGAAAGAUGGGCAGAGGCCAGCUGCUGCUGCAGGGUCCAACACUGACUCUGAAACUCCCAUUCUCACUGGGAUGUUUGUCAGUGAGAGUUACCUCCAGUUUGGAGCCAGGCUAGGCGGCGCAGGCAUGGGGACAAGACGCUGCUGCCUGUUUGCAGGAAGCCUGGCUUCGCUUGAUGUGACAACCCUGCUGUCCCUUUCUUCCUGAGGCUCAUUGAUGAUGACCUGGUGAGCCAACCGACCCCAAGGUCUUCAUAGAAAUGUGGCCGCAUGUUUCCAACAGGAGCAGCUGCCUCUGCCUACACGAGUUCUCUUUCCUCAUCAAUCUCCGUGGCUCUAAUUAGCGCCGAGAGCAGAUCUGACUACUUCAUGUGCCUUUGUGCUUGGGGAAGAAGUGCAUGCCCUGCCUGAGAUGAGGCAAAAGCCCCCGCUCAAAGAAGGGAGCACCCUGCUGCACAGCUGGAAACCUCUUGCUAGGUUCCUGAGCCAGCACCUGAAGUGGAACGAGGCUCAGAUGACACGGGGGGAUACACUGGCUGUGGCAUCCAGCUGUUUCCCAGGACUGUUUGGUUCAGCGCCUGUGACCUUCCCCAGCCAAGUAGGACCUCCCAGCCAGCGUUUUCCCCGAGUGCCUGAGCCCUGGGCUACCUUCUUGGAGUCCUGGGGUCAGGGUGGGGGCUUCCAAGGAAUGGUGACCAGCACAUACCUCGUCUCCUCACUCUCAGUCUUUCCCCUCCUGCUCUGCCUUCCUAAUUAUUUAUUGGUAUUUUUUAAUUCAACUGACAUGUGUGUGCUCUGGCUGUGCCACCAUCCCUGGUGUUUCCAUUAAGUUUCUGUUUCGUCUCCUGUGUCUGGGAGCAGGGAUUUUAAAGGAGGGCUGCUAGGAAUCCUCGUACUUCGGGUAGAGGGCAUUAAGGCUGGACAUGGCCAGGGCGGGUUCCAGGGUGAAGGUUGGUGCGCUGUGGGCUGGUCCCAGCCACCUCCCCUCUGACAUACCUUCCUCCCUCUUCCUCCUCCUGGCUCGGCUCUCAGGCUAGGAGUCUCCCCCUCACGCCACCUCACUGGCUGGGGGAGCAGAGCAGCAGGCACAGGGACAGUGACUGCUAGCUGUAAUCACUGACAAUCAGAAAAGCCACUUGCUAUGGAGAACAUUUUCCAAAGGCAGAUGUUUGGCGAGGAGGUGAGACAGUUUCUGGAUAAAGAAGGUUGGGUCCCUCCCCGAGUCAGACCCUCUGCAGACCAGGAGGGAGAGAGGUCAGGAGCUCAGGGGCCUCAGUCAGGGACCACAGAUGGGGGGCUUCAGACCAUCCACAAAAGUUCCUGGGAAGUGCACGCCAUGUUUGGUUUUUCCCUUGAGCAUGCGCAGAUGAGCAUUUUUGCUGUAGCUUUCAGAAGAGUCUCAGAGAUUCAGAAUCCAGAAGAGGUAUUUUUGCUUUUGUUUUCGUUUUUGUGUAGAAUGUAGUACCUGUGCCAGCUUUAAGAAUCUUCCCAGACUUAGGAUUCAUGCCUGAUAAAGGUGGGUAAAUUGUGAGGUCCUCAUUCUGAAUGUGCGUCCUCGAAUGUUACAAAUCAGUCACCUGUAAUGAGAAGAGCCCAGCUCAUGUUUGUUAGCUGUCCGAUCCAUCACAGGGACGAACUUGAGACAAGUGCACAUGCGCACAGCAAGCAGUGCGCACUCUCCGUGGCCCGCUCAGCUACAGGCUGAGUCUGUUCAGAGAGGACAGUUUCCGGUGGAGCCAUCGGCUUGCUUGUGUCCGCUGUGUAAGAAGAGGUCUCAGAAGCGAAGUUGUGCCUGUGUCUGAGCUAGAAGCUGCUUGGGAAGUCUGUCUGCCUGCAUCUGCCUCCCCGCUGUGAGAAGAUAGUCCAGCUAUGGGCCCCACCCCUGAGUCCCUGAGCCAGCACUACAUUUUACAGAUGAGAGAAGCAAGGCCCAAAGAAGGGAUGUGACUUGCAAAAGUGAUCCCAUAUGACAGAGAGCACAAGUCAAAGAGAACUAGAGCAAAACUAGGAUGGUAUUGGCUGCACAUUUAAAAUGGACAGAGUUGGGCUUUCCUGGCAAGAUCCCACCCAGCCAGUCUUGGGGGAUAGAAACCAGAUGUGGGUGUCUCAUACAGGCUCUGCCUCAGCCACAUCUCUGUCCUCAGGCCUCCUGAGUGGCUCUCAGUAAGCUCCUUGAUGUCAUAUACUUCCUGGUGGAAGAGAGGACGGGUGGUGUUUCUCUUUUCCAUAUCUCAGCAGACAUCUUACUUAGCAAGAUAUACUUAAGCAAAUAAAAACAGUUGCUGGCUGUGGCUAGAAUUAAAUGCACAACUAGUUUAAGUCUAGGGUGAGCGUGACAGAACUAGGGUGUGCUGGAGGCAGGAGAGUACCCUAGCUGGGAGACCCACCCUGGGCUUCAGGCAGCAAGUGGAGGGCCCUUGUCUCAAAGAGCUGAACCUGAGGGCUCUGGGCAGGGGCGCUGAGGGGUCCUAGGAGAUCUCAGCGGAGCUUUGGCCCUCAAUCCCUCAGUAAGCCAGUAGGCACAAUUUCCAGUGCCAGCAUCACCGACCCCUACCUCCCUGGUCCUCACCCACUGUUAGGAUUGAAAGGAGGGCAGAUUGGUAACAUUUGCUGCCCAGAGGGACCCGGGGCAAAAUUCUCAAAUGGGCGCCCUUUGAAACUCUGGCUUUGUCAGGUGUGAUCCAACAAACUUUGUGGGCUGAACUCAGCUGGAGAAGUCAGAUUCCAGAAAACAGGAACAAUGAAGCCAGAGGAAAGGCCAGUGAGGGCGGGAAGACCUGGGGGCUGUUUUAGGCACAGGCCAGACUGGGGGGGCCGGGAUGGAAUCCCAAUCCCUGCUGUGUCCAAAAGGGUGGGCUAAGGGCCAGUUCUACUUCCGUGAGAAUCCCGAGUCUGGUUCUGGGUCAGAAGUGGACAGAACCACAGAGAACAUUUAGGACUUCAGUGAUUGCUUUGCCCGUUCUUUUUCAAGGGAGCCUGAAAACCAGCAAAAUGAAAAAGGAAAUGCUCUCCCCCUUACCGGGUGCUGAUGGGAAAUGCUUUCUCCUGGGAAGCCCAGCCUCAAGUGGCUACUGUCCGGUCAAAGAGGCUGAACCAGCUGGGGGACCCCUGACACCAGCAACUGUCCUCACCCCUCCAGAGAGCUCAGGGACACCACUGUGCCCAUUGUGGACACCUGGUUUGCAGCAAGCAUGGCCAUGUAGAACAGGCUGCUCCUCCCCUCUGUGGCGUGGGAGGUGGGUUCUGAGAGAAUCAAGAUGCGCUUUCCUCUUCCGGUUCCUCGGCAGUACUCUGAGGCGCUACCUGACAUCUGCGCAAAGGAAAACUGACUUAGGAAGCAAACGGCAGGGACAGGUAAGGCAGGCAGCGUCUGGGCCAGGCCAGUGGGGAAUCAAAAACCUCCCUCCUCGCCCAAAGGACCCUGAAACUCGCAGGCAAUGAGCCCCCGCCAGCCACCUCUUUUCCCCCAGCCCAUCCAGACUCUGUCUGGUCCCUCGAUUUUACCUUGGUGCCAGGGCUCACCGCCUGCCAGGCGUCUGGCCCGGGGGUGGCAGCUUUAUCCCCAUCCUGCUCAGGAGCCCCAGCCCUCCCUCCUGCACAAUCAUUUUAGUCCUUCACCCGGUCCCCUUCAAAGCCAAAGUUCCUUGAGCACUUUUUCUUCCUUGCCAUCUCUUUCACUUGGCUCUUGGUGAUUUGAAGUUUGCUUUCUCCUCCCCUGUACCUCCUUCUGGUUUAUUUCGCAGCUGAGUGUUGACUGAUCUGGAUGGGUUUUGAAUGACAUUAGUGAGUCUGCUUCCUCAACUCCUGCUCUGUUUUAUUUAUUGUUGAAUAUUUCCAAUGAUCCAAAUCAAAAUGAAUAAAAAAAGAAUUAUUUUAUCGUU